CUUGUCUCAGUGUUUUUUUUUUGUGUACUCGCUUUGUUAGAGACGCACCUGAAGUUUUUUGCUUUUAUUUAAGGUAUACUUUUGUCAGAAGUGAAAAUUGUAUUUUUAAAAGGAAAACAUUGUGCUUUUUUUAUAUUGUAACUAAAAGAGUUUUAAAAAACGUAACCGAAUUAGUGGUAUCGUCUCGGACGAUUAAACACUUCGAAGGUGCUAUAAAACAACCUUCGAUAUCUGCCAGACUGUUUUGUGCAAACACACAGAUUCACACGCAUACAAAGAUACGUAAAAGUAGUCCAUUCAACUUUGUCAAAAAUUAAUUCAAAAGCAAAGUAAAAGGGAUAAUGGCUUCGGAAAUUGAAGUUGUAAAUCUCAACAAUUUUGAGAAAAUACAGAAUUUUCUAAAUGACUCAGCUUACAAAGAAAUAUUGGAAAAUAGCGAAAACUUCAAUACACGAUUGUGUAUCGAACGUCGUCUACGUAUGCCAUUUUUGGACCCACAAACUGGUGUUGCGCAGACACAUUGUGCUUUAUUUAUGAAACAACGUCAACGAAUGCCUGGUUUUCGUGACGGUCAAAUAUACACCUAUCCAUCAGCACGUUGGCGCAAACCGAAACGCCAGUAUUUGCUUAAUCAUCACCAUAGUUACCGGGCCUACCAGUAUCGUGAACCUCACUACCAUCAAUCCACUGGCAAUACCUCAGGACGCGAUCAUUAUCAAACGGAAAGUGCAGCAAUCGUCGCAGCAGAUGGCAAUUCCAUGAGUGCUUCAGGUGAUAAUGACAGCAAAGAUUCGCAUGCCAAUCCAGAAAAGGAUUGGUUUCAUGAGGACCUUGACAUGUCGCACUAUCACCAUGUCGACGAUUUUGAAGAAGAUUUUGAAUCAGAUAAUGACUACGAUGAGUCGUACAGCAGCCGUGGUAAACGUAAGCGGGGUUCACGCUCUUCUCGCAAGAGUACAAUAACUGCUGAUGGCACGCCAAAACGUGGCCGUAAAGGGGGCGGCAGUCGUCGGCGUAAUAACGCAGAUGGUGAAGGUGGUGGUCGUCGACGUGGUGGCGUUAACAAUGCCAACAACAACAAUGCAAAUACAGCAGCGGCAGCAGCUGCCGCGGCUGCUGCUGUGGCGGCUGCAGCAAGUGUUGUGGCUUCCAGUAUGGAAAUUAGCAAUUCGAAUUCAGCUUCACCAAUUGGUACAAAUGAUGAAACUUCGCAAUCGGCAAUUGUUAUGCCAACUACUGGUGCACCGAGCGGUGCGGGCACAACUUUCGACAAAACAUUAAGCGAACCGAAUGUAGUGGCUACUACUGCAGCUGUUACUAAUGAUGUUGUUGCGCCUGUUCUACCCAGUACAAGUGCUGUUAGUAAUGUUACAAGCGUCGCCGCGAUACCAACUGUCACACCGCCUGUGACAGUUGCUCCAAGUGUUGUUGCGCCAGUUGUAACAGUUGGUGGUGCCGUAAAGAAAGAUCUUAAAAACAAACUGCGUGCCGAUCGCGAGAUAGCAACGCCGUCAACUUAUUGCGAUUUCUGUUUGGGUGAUCAGCGUGAGAACAAAAAGACAAAUUUACCCGAAGAAUUGGUGUCAUGUUCGGAUUGCGGUCGUUCCGGUCAUCCGUCUUGCCUACAGUUUACCCCAAAUAUGAUUAUCUCGGUCAAACGCUAUCGCUGGCAAUGCAUCGAAUGCAAAUAUUGUUCUAUAUGUGGCACUUCAGACAAUGAUGAUCAAUUGUUAUUCUGUGACGAUUGUGAUCGUGGCUAUCAUAUGUAUUGUUUGUCACCACCAUUAAUAACGCCACCCGAAGGUUCGUGGAGCUGCAAACUUUGCAUGGAUGAGUUUCAUAAAGAUGAAAAAUAAUAAAGCUUAAGCAAAAUGGCCAACGAAAUAUAAACCAACAUAAUAAAUACCGCUUCCAGUAAAUAGCAACAAUGGAAAUAGACUGAGUUGAAUUAAGAGCACGAAAUUGUUUAAAGCGGAGCACUGCGACUUGGUCUUAUAUACAUAUAUACAGUUUUCUCAUUUAUGUUUUUGAUUUAAGUUAAAAGUGCAGUAUUGUCGCAUAGAAAUACUUAAAGUAACGUCAUAUUGCAUUGCUUACAUUUUUUUGUUUUAAUAAUAUUUUCCUUUAUAUAAUAAUUUUAUUUUUCAAAUAUGCAUCAGGUAACAACUUAACGCCGCCAACUAAGUUCACAACAUUUUUAAGAGCUUUCAUGUAAUUUUGUUUUAUAUUAGCUUAGUUUUAAGUUCAAAAGAUUCAUACAGUGGCAACUUUUUGUGUUUUAGAUUUAUAAUUAGUCUUAUAACAUAAAGCCCAUUAUGCCUCCGCUAAUCUAAGCAACUUUUAACCAAGGGUAUAAAAUAGUAUUGUAUCUGGAAAGCCCAGUUUAAGGUAUGUUACAAAUAUUUUGCUUUUAUAUGUUUCUAUGUGCAUAUAUAUUAAAAUCAUAUUAAAAUUGGCUGAUAAAUACAUACUAUAUGAUCAGUAAAAGUAACUACGAAAAUGGUAUUUCAAUAAAUCUCAAAUUGUAUUUAGUUCAGUAAACUUGUAAGUGUAUUAUGUGAAUUAUGCGAAAUUAUAAAUAAAUAUACAUUUUAUAAGUUUAUAACUUUAAUUUGCUAAAAUUCAAAAUCUCUUCCAAGUUUUUGGGCAAUAAUUGCAAAUUUAAUUAUUUAAAUUAAUUUAAUUACAAUAUGAUAAAUAUUCAUCUGUACAACCAUGUAACAGUACAUAUAAACAUUUGGAAGUACGCAUCAAUGGGUAUAUAAUGCAACUCAUUAAUAUUUAUUGCAAUAUGCGUUCAUAAUUAUCGCCAAUGAGCUUAAUAAGAAUAAAUCCUUACUUUCAACACAAUAAGCUUGGUUUCGUCGCAACAAUUUUAUUUGUCAAUUGUGGUGUUUGUAGAGUAUUGUUGUCUUGGAUAAUAAUCCAUGCCAAAUUUCGUGAUGAUAUCUCGUAAAAUACAAAGGUUUUUCAUACAAGAACUCGAUUUUGAUCGAUCAGUUUGUAUGUCAGCUAUAUGCUAUAGUGGUCCGAUAUCGGCGGUACAGAAAAAUGAGCAGCUUCUUCGGGAGAAAGGGUCUUAUGCAAAAUUUCAGUUUGAUAUCUCAACAACUUAUUGUACAUACAGACAGACGGACAUGGCUAAAUUGACUCAGCUCAUCAUUCUGAUCAUUUAUUACAAACUGCAGUGUAUAAUUAUGCUGUUGCAAUAACGAAUUAUUGCAAUUUUAAUAUAUUAGAAACAAUAACAAUAACAAAUCAUUACAAGAAGUGGUUUUCUAACCAUUAUUUUGAGCCGAAUAAUUUAAAUUUCAAAUCUCAAAAUUUGAUUGAGCACAAUUUUCUAUUGAGAAUACACACAAACAAGCGCGAAAUGCUCUGUAAAUGUUUGUUGUAACAUUUAUACUUUUCACAGUUGAACUCGAACAAUUUUUUGUAUAUUUGAAAAAAUUGCUUUUCAUGAACUCAAUUAUUAUUUGUGUUGUUUAAUUCUACACUUUUUUUUUUAAAUAAAAUCAACAAAAAAUUCGGAAAUACAAAUAUUAAGCAGCUUAGUUAUUAUGGAAAACGAAACGCAAACACAA